AUGUUACAGAAUGAAAUAGAUAAAAUUAAGGCCAAGAUAGAGGAUUUGAUAGAUGAGAAAACCACAAAUAAAAAAAUUUUAGAAGAUAAAAAUAAGAUGUUAGAGAGAAUAACUGAAGAGAAAGAGUUAUUAAACCAAGUAUUAAACUGGUAA